CAAACUAGAAAUCACCUACGAAGGUACGGAUCAAGUCCGAGAAGCUAAAAUUGAUUUUCUAACCCAAGAAUAUGAAUUGCUUCGUAUGAAGGAAAACGAGAAAAUCGAUGAGAUGUUUGAACGAUUCUCCAAAAUCGUCAAUGAUCUUCAUGCUCUCAAGAAGACGUACACGGACAAGGAGCUUGUGAGAAAAAUCCUGCGAAGUCUCACACCGGAGUGGCGCUCCAAAGCCGAUGCCAUUCAAGAGUCCAUCGGCAUCACCAACGUCACCAUUGACGGACUUAGAGGUAACCUCAAAACCUAUGAGUCCACCAUUCUAUUCCCUUCUUUAGGUGAACAAAAGAAGAAGGGGAUUGCACUCAAGGCUACCUCAAGCCAAGAACCCGCCAUGGAGGAAUCAAGCGAUGAGGACAACGAGUUCGAGCUCGUCAUAAAAAAACUUCCACAAGUUCAUGCGAAAAGAGUAUGAACGAAAGGGCAAAAAGCAUGGAGGACCACCCAAGUUCUAUGGGUGUGGAGAAGUUGGGCACGUCAAGCCAAAAUGCCCAAAUGCCAAAAACGAGAAGGAGAAGAAACCGUUC